AUGGCUAAGUAUUUUGAUAAUAUUUGGGAAAACAUAUUUGUAAUUUGUUUUGGAGUUUUACCUCUGCUUUAUAAUUUCGCAAGUUUGGCAUGGAAGAAGUAAAAUAAGAGUAAGAUUAGUGAAUCUAUCCAUAGAUUACAGAGCGGCAAGGUUAUAAUUUAAUGGAAAAAGGAAAAUAUUCAUUCUGAAUUAAUGUUCAAUUUUUACAAAAAUAGCUAUCUUGAGUAUGUUUACACUUUUGUCAAUAUUACAAAUAAUUGUCAACAUUUAAUUUCAUUCAGAGUAUGCUUUCCUAUUAGAUUAGUUAUGUUUUGAUAACAAUUAUAGAGUUUUGUUAGAUAAUAAAUUAUUUGUUAGCAGGAUUACAAAUAUUUGAAGAUGCCGACAAGUAUGGAUAAACAACAAUUGCUACUCAAAUCAACCUCAUAGUAUUUUAUGAAAUUUCUAUUUAGCUUCAAUUUCUUUGUUUUUGUGGAUUCGCUAUUUUCUUGUUUAUUUGGUAGAUAUAUAACAAAGAUAAAUAUGUAAUAAAACAUGAAGAUAUCAGCUGUUGGCUUAUGUUCAUCCUUAGAGGAGUAGGACUCUUGCUAUUUUCAGUGAUUGUGUUCUUUAUGCCAUAAGACAUAAAGCUUUUAUAGACUGUUGUAUCAGAAUAUAAAUAUAAGCUAUAAAUGCUUGGUGAUGAAGAGGAACCCUAGAUAAUAAGGUAAUAACUAAUAACAAAUGAAUCCAACUUUACAUUUUGCUAACCAGGUGAUUAAUUGUAACAAUAGAUAACAGAUGUUGAAGUGAAUUCUUAUUAGGACAACAAAGAUAUAAAUACAUAACGAAAAUAUAUCAUUUAUGAAAUUACUUUUAAGUAUUAAGGGAAACAUAAAAUAGUAUUUCGAUCCUUCAGUGAUUUUUUAACAUUUCACAGAGAUAUCACUUUAACAUAUCCAAAAUUCGAUUUCCCCCAAUUUCCUUAAAUGACUAAAUACUUAAAUUCAUAAGACAUAGAUAACCGAAGAAAACAAUUAGAUUUAUUUUUGAAAGCAAUAGCCAAUCAAUUUGGAAAUAAUGAUUUUUUUUUAGAUUUUUUGAAUGCCACAGGAAAGAGCUUGUAGUACAAGGCUAAAAUACCUUUGCCUCAAUAAUAAUAGUAGAAACCUAAGAAGAUUGCCACACAGUAACAAUUUUCAAAAGCCAAAUCUAUACAAAGUUUGAUCCCAGAAACAAUUUGGGAAGGACAAGAUGAUGAAGAUGAGGAGAGUAUUGAGGCAGAUACAAGAAAAACAAAGAAAGCUUCAACUUAUGUAAAAAUGCAUUUUGGAGAAGAGCGACAAUAUUAGAGAUUUAAUAGUGUUAGUAAUCUUGAUGAAGAUCAAAGAAAUUUUAAUUUUGAAAAACCUUCAAAUGGUAAGAUUUAUUAUCUAAUAUUUAAAGAUUAGAUAGGCUAUGAUUAAAUUUAGGAUAAUAGUCCUUUUGAGGAGGAAGAAAAAAAUUCGUUAUAAAAUGUGAUGAUAAUGUCGUGA